CGAUCUAGAUCUAGAUCUACUCCAGUUUUUUUUAUCAUUUAAAUUUAUUGAAAUUUUGACAAAAACUUCAUUCCAGGAUAUUUUUAAUUGGUAUAUCUCGCAGUUACCGCCUCGCCAUUUCGCUUUUCGUGCAAUUUCCCAACACUCAUCAGAUUGCAUUGUCAUAGGGUCUAGACCCUCGUGCAGAGUUAGAAGUGCUCGAAAUUUCGCUUGGCAGUUUCAAUCUAUGACAACAGAGGAAGCGAGUUAAAUAAAAGGAAAAAGAGCUUCACUUCAUUCAAUAAAUAUCAUGCUGUUUUAUUUGUAUUGACUUCUACUCACAAUGAAUGGGCACUUAAUUCCUGGAACUAGAAUAGCAGUUGACUAUUUUAAUAUAAAAGGUAGUAGUGACAAAUACAUUCAUUUUUUGACUCAUCUUCAUGGUGAUCAUACCAUCGGGUUAACACCAUCAUGGAGAAAGACAAUUUAUUGUUCUGAAAUCACUGCAUUACUCUUGGAAUUGAAAUAUCAGCUUCCCACAGAUUUGCUAGUGGUUCUUCCACUUAAUCAAGAAAAAACAAUACAAAUUUGUUCCUCACAAAGCUUUACUGUUACAGCGUUUGAUGCUAAUCACUGUCCAGGAGCAGUUAUGUUUUACUUUCAAGGAGAUUUCGGCAGUGUCUUUUAUACUGGCGACUUUAGAGUUUCCUACAAUGUCCUUCAAGACUGCCGUCAUUUGGCUGAAAAAAUAGAUUUGAUGUUUAUUGAUAAUACAUUUUGUAGUCCAAAGUGUAUUUUCCCCAGUCGGGAUCAAUGCUUUGAUGAGAUUCUAAACAUCAUAAAACAGCAUUCCAAUCAUCAAGUUGUUAUAGGUGUUCAUAACUUGGGCAAAGAAUCCAUGCUGGCAAAGCUAGGCACUAUUUUAAAUGAAUCUAUAACAGUUUCACCUGAUAGUUACAGGAUUUGCCAAAUACUUUUUUCUACCAAUGUUUUUACUACAUCCUCUAUGUGUUCAAAGAAAAGUAGAUUAUGGACCAUCUCAUCAAAUAAAAUAACUCCAGUGUUGAUAAACUACUUAAAUAAUGAGACACCUACUAUUGCUAUAAUUCCAACUGCUAUUUUUACAGGUGUAAAGGUUCCUUUUGUAAAUAAAGGAAAAAUUUUUAUUGUGCCAUAUUCUGAUCAUUCUUGUUACACAGAGCUACAUGAAUUUGUGGCAAUAAUGAGACCCUCCAAAGUAGUACCUAUUGUUACAUCAACUAGAGGACCAAGAGGCCACGAUUUGAAUGAGAGAGUGGAUAUGUCUUGUUUUGAUCAAUUCCUCUUCAGAAGACCUUCUAUGUAUCUAAGAGACUUUAGUGUAGGACAAAAGCAAUGUUCUUUUGAAAGAAGUACUCAUAUAGAAACAAGCAGAAUACAAGCUGUGAUAAACAAGAAAUGUGUUCCUAAGGAACACUUGAAUGUAAGACAGUGUUCUAUCAAAUCUACAAACAUGGUAAGAAGGGAUACAUGUUCUCAAACUAUUAGGAAAAAGGCCAGGGUUUGUGUGAGAAAAAAAAUAAAAAGAAUUGUUUAUGAUGAGCAUGUAUCACCCAAGUCUGCAGAAAUAAAACUUUCUGCUGCGCUUCUUACAGAAGGGAGUUGUGACAAAAUUUAUAGUGUUCUGGAGGCUCAAAGUAUUCAUGCUUCAAACCAAACCCCUCUUGAAUUAAAGGAUGGUCAUUUGUAUAAUAAACUGGUGCAUAAAAACAGUAAGGCAUUACAGAAAUCUCAGCAAGAAUGGUUGGAUGUAGUAUCUGAUUUGAAUGUUCUUAAACAAGAAAUAAAAGAAAGUACAAACUCAGAAUUCCUAGAGAAUAUCCCAGAAUGUGUAGUACCACAAGUUGAUACUAGAAGUUCUUCAACUUCCAAGUUAAAUAGUGCUGAAUUAAAAUCAACCCUAAGCACUUAUAAGAAUCUUAGAACAGAGCACAGAAAAUUUAUCAACCUUGUGCAAUCAUUUUUAACAAGUUAAUUUUCACAAAAGCUAUUCAUCAAGUUCAAACUUAAACCUAAUCAGUUGUGUGUGGUGUAUACGUUUAAAAUAAAACUGAAAGAAAGAAAUGAAAUCCUAUUUA